CGGGGCGAGGCCAGGGGAGCCUCGCAAGCGGAGAUUGCCCUUGUGUCUCGAGCCGGGAAGCGGCUUGGAGCGGAGCAGCCUCCCCGCGCGCCGCGGCGCGAGCGCCCGCGCGAGCCUCCAGCCGCGAGCGCAGCCGGGCGCCCCCGCCGCCGCGCGCAGCCCGGGAGCGGCAGACGGGACAGGCGGGCGUGCGGACGCGCCGUCGGGGCCAGGGGAAGCGGAGGGGGCAGACGGCACCGCUCCGACGGGGGAACCUGCCCAGCAGCGCCGGAACCGGCGGAGAGAGCCGCUCCCCCCCUCCUCCCUCCCCAAUCCACCCCCGCGACCCUGGUCCUCCUCCUCCUCCUCCUUCUCCUCCUCCUCCUCCUCACCCCACUGGAUACAGCGAGGGAGACACUGCGGCGGAGGCGGCGGCGGCGGCGGCUCCUGCGGGGGGAAGGAAGCGCCCGGAGAGCGGAGCGGCAGGAGGCUGCGGAUCUGUGUGCCUGGCGCCCACCCAGCCCGAGGGGAGCCCCCAGAAUGCGGCUGAAGCCCGGCGCGCUCCUGCGCUUCUACAGCCUCUGCGGGAUCCUCAUACAAGUGGCUGCUACAAAGAACAAAGUUAGAGGCAGCCAAGGGCAGUUUCCACUUACACAGAAUGUCACGGUUGUUGAAGGGGGAACAGCAAAUUUGACCUGCAGGGUCGAUCAAAAUGAUAACACCUCCCUCCAGUGGUCAAAUCCAGCUCAACAGACACUGUACUUUGAUGACAAGAAAGCUCUGAGGGACAACAGAAUUGAGCUGGUUCGAGCUUCGUGGCAUGAACUGAGUAUCAGCGUCAGUGAUGUGUCUCUGUCGGAUGAAGGGCAGUACACCUGCUCUUUAUUUACUAUGCCUGUCAAAACUUCCAAGGCUUUUCUUACCGUUCUUGGUGUCCCUGAGAAACCACAAAUUACUGGAUUUACUUCACCAGUUAUGGAGGGAGAGAGGAUGCAGCUAACAUGCAAGACUUCUGGGAGUAAACCAGCAGCUGAUAUCAGAUGGUUCAAGAAUGACAAAGAAGUUAAAGAUGUUAAAUAUUUAAAAGAAGAAGAUGCAAAUCGUAAAACAUUCACAGUCAGCAGCACGCUGGAUUUCCUAGCAGAUCGCAAUGAUGAUGGUGCAGUUGUAAGUUGCAGAGUAGACCAUGAGUCCCUAAACUCUACACCUCAGAUAGCAAUGCAGGUUCUAGAAAUACACUAUACACCUUUAGUUAAAAUCAUUUCUUCCAAUUCAUGGCCUGAAGAAGGACAAUCUAUAGUUUUGACUUGUGAAUCCAAAGGAAAACCAGUGCCAGAACCAGUAUUGUGGACAAAGGAUGGUGGAGAGCUACCAGAUCCAGAAAGAAUGGUUGUCAAUGGCAGGGUCCUAAGCAUCAGUUUCCUUAACAAAACAGACAAUGGCACAUAUCGAUGCGAAGCAAAAAAUCCUAUUGGCCGAAACAGCACAGAAUAUGUCCUGAUAGUACAUGAUGUUUUCAACACUUUGCUUCCCACUACUGUCAUCCCCUCCCUUACCACUGCAACAGUCACAACCACUGUAGCCUUAACAACCAGCAAAACCACAUCGGCAACAGCCAUCAGCACCAGAGAUCCUAAUGCUUUGGCUGGAAAGACCGGACCUGACCACGCUCUUAUAGGAGGAAUAGUGGCUGUAGUUGUCUUUGUAACACUAUGUUCUAUAAUUCUGCUUGGUCGAUACCUGGCAAGACAUAAAGGAACAUAUUUAACAAAUGAAGCAAAAGGAGCUGAAGAUGCACCUGAUGCCGACACAGCCAUUAUCAAUGCAGAAGGCAGCCAAGUCAAUGCAGAGGAGAAAAAGGAGUAUUUCAUUUAGAUGCAGAGCUAGAAUCUUGGAGUUUUACUUAUCAGGCUGACUGCUGGAGAAAACUGGCUGUCAUUUUUCAGAAUUCAUUUCUGCCACUUUCUGCUAUUUUUAUUAACUCGCAUACCUGCUAUAAGUAGCCAGUUUAUGCCAACAAUCAGCUGUUGACAAUAUCAUUCUAUAAUUACAGUAUCCUACAUAAAGCGGGACAUUUCUUAUUGCCUAAAUUCAUAUCCACUGCUCUCUUAACAUACAGUGCUUGAAUAUACAGCCUUAACAAUGUUAAUUAUCAUCGCAAUCCAAGUUUUCUACAUUUUUAAAUGUUACGCAGCUUUCUUCCUUUCCAGUUUUCUUUUAUCAUUGUCCCUAUCAGUAUGUCAUAGAGUGUUCAUAACAAAUACUAUUAGGUAAGGACCUAAUUUACUUACAUAAAAAGAUAAGUCUAAGAUUAGCGGUUUACAAAGAAUGUUUUAUACAUGUCUAUAAUUCAAAAAGCAACUUGUUUUUGAGACAUAUGCCCUAGGAAACACAAACUGAAUGCUUUUUAGUAUAGUUUCUUGUAUGCUUGGGUUUGGUGGAAAAGAAGUAUCAGUCCACUGUUUUCUUCGUUUUGUUUUGCUUUGUUUUGUUAUGUUUUAAAUGGUACCUUGACAACAGUGCCAUGUUUCCGUGGUAAAAACAUCAUACUGAAUAGCUAUACAGAUUCUGCAAAGUUAGAUAGUAGUGCUUUAUUUGAAAGAAACUUGUCCUGCCCUUUACUGCUUUUUGGGGAUCACAAAGAUUAGAGGUCUUUUUGAGUAAUUUCUGUUUUUAUAAUUUAUUUACUUCACAUGGACUCACCUGUCUACUCAAAUUUGAAGUGUUCAUGGGGCACAACUGCAAGGCAUUUUAGUAUCUGUAUAUAGUGCAUAUAAUAAAUUCAAUUAAACAUCAUUUGAUACAUAUUUAACUUUUUUGGCAGUAGCGAAGUCAGUCACAAGUGAGCAUUUUCUAAUGUCCAGUUUAUUCCCUUUAGAUAUGACUCAAAUCAAUAUUCUGAAUAGAUAACAUGUAUUAGUAUUUUUUUUUUUUUUUUGUCUGUAUGUCCUAGCACUGUUCAGCAGCAAACUUUUCUAGUUCUUCUUAAUUUUUUCUUUGUUAUACAAUGGAAGCACAAUGUUAUAUGGAAAGGUAGUUUUAAGCUAACAACCAGUGCACAGCCUCAGGUUUUAAAUUACAACCACAUUUGAUUACUAUCCUUAAAAAAUAUUGUUGAGUUGCUAGAAUUCUCAAUUUUUAAUUUGGCAGUUCCAGAGCUGCUUCUCUAUAUUGGUUUGCCAAAAAAAAAAGGAAAAAAAAAAGAGAAAAAAAUAGAAGUGUUAAAACAAAAGAUAUAUGUUUUGUGUAUACAGUAAAUGGACUAAUUCUUUAUAUUAAAUUCCUGUCUAUGCAUUUUGUGAGGUACAAACUUAUGUCACCGUGAAUGAUAGAGAAUUCCUGCCAUGCUUUUAGCUCCACAGUGAAAGUCUCUGUUUGGAUUAUUUCUGAAAUUUUUUGUGUAAUUGACAGCUGAAAAAUCACAUGCUCUUAAAUAUGACAACAAAACACUGUAAGCCCAUUGGCUUACUUCCUCUUCCAAUGAAAUAAGAAAGUUGCCAUAUCAGCUCUUGGUAAUGAUUCUACACUAGAGGAUGCAAAUUAGUCUAGGUGGAGUUUUGCCUCCUCCUAAGUUUUGCACCUUUGACAAAAGGGUAUUUCUCUCUGGUUGCUGUACUUGUGAGGCCUAAAAGCAUGAUGGUCUGCUAUAAAGGACUUUCUCCUGGGAUUUUAUUUUUGUGUGGGGAAGGGAGAGUUUGGAAUAUGACAUCAUGUAGUAUGGUAAAAUGGAAGAUAAAGGUGCUGUGUCAGAUUAUUUAUCAGAAGAGUAUAAACCUUUUAAGGACAAUAUUAGAGUAUUUUACUUGUUUUUGUUGAAACAUUUAUCAUGUUAAUUUCUAAGAAAAAAGGGUGACGUCAAUCAAAGCAGCACUUUUUUUCAAAAUAUACAGACAUAAAUAAUAUGAUGUGGUUGAGUGUUAACAUAAUAAAUCAUAUACAGUACGACAUUUUAAAGAAAUAAGUCUGCAUUGAUGUGAUUGCAUGCUUGUUUUUACAGUUCACUCCAUACCCAUCUGUGGAAAAAUGCAAUAAUAUGUUAAUAUAGUAUGGUAGUUUGAGAGAACCAGGUAGGUGCUACUAGACACAUUGAAAACUAGUAUAGGUUUACAAGAUAUUCAUGUCUUUCAAAACGUACGCUUAUAAAAAGGCUGGCAAAAGAAAUCAUUCAGUUUAGUACCAAAAAUAUAGGUUCUUGUCAAAACAGCAAGUUUCAUUAACUACAGUACAAUACCAGGUACUACAAGGUUUUAUUUCAGGACCUGAGGCCCAAUUCAACUAAGCGUUUGAGCACAUGCUUAGCUUCAGGCAUGGGAGAAGUUCAAUUGAACGGUAAGGCACUAUUCAUAUGCUUAAAAAUAAGUGCUUCCCUGGACCAGGGCCUUACUUGUUCAAGUGGAACUCCUCACCUGUGUGUUUUUGGGCCUUCUUUUCAUUCUUCCUAACUCCAGCUUGCUUGAAUAGUAGGGCUGCUAUUUGAGCCACUGCCCAACAAGGUCAAGUAGGAUCUUCAAAAGCAGGAUCACCCUUACGGGUAACCAUUCCAAACCAUUUUCUCCUGUGGCAUAAGAACAGUAUUGAAACUUGCAAAAGCAGAUGUAAGUUGGACUGUUAAACUAGAUUAUUUCAUUGGUUUCGAUUAAACCAAAACUUUUCACAUGUGCUCAUUUUUAAUGCAGUUGAUCUUCCAUGAGCUUGCACCGUGUGAUGUCACUCAUGUCUGUGCAAAGCAGGUGUAAAAACACCACAACAAGCCUUCACAAAUGGCAGAUUCUAACUGGGUUGCACUUUACAGGCCUAUCUAGUCUUCACAGGUUUAAAUUACUACAGUAGGUGUAAAGAGGCAUCCAUCUUUUUUGUAAGCAGGACCGUGACUCACAGCUAAUGAUACCCAGUAGGCUAAAAACCAGUUGUCUCUUUCCUUUACCCAAGAUCCCAUUCUGAAAUACCGAGUUCAUUACCAUUUCAAGAAAUCCAGCAAAUGUGUAAAAUGGAGGCUCUGAAUGGGAACUGUGUUAGUUAAAAUGUUGGUGACAUCCUCUCCCACAUGCACAUGCAGAGUAGUUUUCUCAAGACAAGGUAGCUAAUUUCUGCCAGUGUACUGUUUACAGUGUCGAUUGCUGAUUAUUUUUAAACUUUUAGAGGUAGAAUGAUUUUUUUAUGCUUCAAGAACAUUCUCACGAUUUAAACAAGAAAGUGGUGCAUCAGAAGACAAGGGGUGCAUCUUCCCACUCUCUUAGUGUCAUCAGACAAAUCAAGAAACAGUUUAAGGAACCUGAUGUUUAACUUGAGGCUCAGAAUUUAAGCUAGAAUAUUUCAAAAAGUUUUCACAUUACUUAAGGAUGGUUCACUUUGCACUGAGACUCCCUCUAUAAAGGAAUACAUGAAGAAAACCAACUUUUCUAAGUAAGACAUGAAAGUUAACAUCUUGUGUAUUUUCAUUAUAGUAUUAUAUAUAUAUAUAUAUAAACGAUUUCAAUGAAAAGUAAGGACAGAAUCAUCUGUAAUUAUGUAAUUCAUGAUUGUAACAGCACUGAAGUUAACAUGUACACAUAUGUACAGUAGCUAUUUCAACAGUUACAGUGUAGUUACAUGUACUUCCCUGUAACAUAGCAGUUAUAGUGUAAUUUAGUGCCACUUAUUGUAAAGUGUUACCAAAAGGAUAAUGGAGUUCUUACCUUUACAAUUCCAUUCAAAUUAAAGGUAAGUUUAUUAAAUUAGCACCGUAAAUCUGAUAUUCCAUUUCUUGAUUAAGGAGGUGAUAUAAAACUUCAUGUUCACACUGCAGCUUUCCCCACUGCUUAUCCAGACUCCUCCAAGUGUCCAAUCUCUAUACUGCUAGGAACUGGUAAUCUGUGAUGAACAUACCAAAAAUCCAGCUGCUUCAACUCAAAUUGACUAAGUUGUCUAAUGGAGAAAAAAAAAAGCAAAAAAUAUACAAGUAAUGCUUUUUAUUAAGUGGCACAAAGUACACACUAAAAACUAUGCAAAAAUAUAGGUAAAUACAGUGUACUUACAUGUAAGUAUCUUGUACUUGCUGUGUAUGGAUAUUGGAAAACCAUGUAAUUAUAAUAUGCAUUUUGAUUUUUUCAAGAAGGGGAUGACCCCCUGACAGUCACAAGGAAUAACUGGAAGGUACAUUUUCAUGCAGUGGGUAUCCUAAUGCAAUAUGUGUAAUUCCUCUACUUGCAAUGAUAACUAAUUUAUAAAAAUACUUAUAUCACUCCUCAUUCUUGCUAGCUUUGCUUUCCCUCUCUUCGGGGCCCAUUAAAUACCACUGAAACACCUUUAGGCAAAGUAAGACACUGGCUCUGCUAAUGGCUUUGCUGCCAGCAUUCUGUGCAUCUGGCAACACUGUUCAGUAAUCUAUUUCUGGUUCGGCAGCACAAGUUUCCUCCUUUUUCUGUCCUCGAGGGAGCCUAGUAUGUUAAGAUGCUGAAAUAUACUGCCAUAUGCCCCGAUGUUUUUAGCAUGAACAACAGAGAAAGCGAGAGAACUGCAUUCUCCUGACCGCUAUUUUGCUGAAUCACCUCACCUGGAAUUUCCACUACUUGCACAAUAAUGCCAGGUAAUUUUAAAUUGUAAGUACAAAAUGCUUCCAUCAAAGUACAAAGGAUGCCUUUAAUGAUAAAGUUAACUUUUUGUAAAUGUGAAGGUUCUGUAUUACUGAUCUUUUUACUUCUUGCUACUUUUCCAUCAUGCCCUUCCAGACGGAAUGCACCGAAAGAUAACAUAGAAUAGCAAAAGAAGAGAAGGAAUAUGGUUAACUGGAAUAUUGUAAGCCUUUUUGUGGUUGCCAUUGCUAUACCCUUCCAUUGUGUCCUAUGAGUAACAGGCAAAUAGAUGUAUUUAGUAGUCAACAUUAGCAUCAUUCCACACUGUACUAUUCCUACAGUAUGACAUCUACCUCUUAGUCUAAAUACUAGCUAUGAGAUGUUUAUAUACAUUUUAAAUUACUAUUGAGUCUUUGAUGUAGUCUUGAAAUUGGUUCACUAAGUUUUUUUGUUCAACAUAGGAAAAAAAACUUUCUGGGUUCAUAAUCCUUUCCCUGUUCUUCACUAACUUUGGGAUAGUUUGAGCUCAUAAUGACAACACAGGGACACAGCCUCAGCUGGUAUAAAUCAGCUUCACUCUAUUGCCUUAAAUGUGGGCCAAUUUACACUGGCUGGGGAUCCAUCCCAAACAGCUGAAUAAUAAACAGCUGUAACACGUCAAUAUUUAGUCAGUACUAGAUAAUGACAUGCAAUCCAACUGCAACACAAUUCUUUCCAAUAAAAGGCAUGCAGGUUUGAAGAGCAACUUUUAAAAGCACAUGCAAGCUUUUGAAUUAAAUAUGCAAUAUAGAUACUGUUGAGAUAUUCUCACAUGUCUCUUACACAUUUAAGUAUAAUUUUGCCAGGGCAUGUUUACGUUAAAAACACUCAGCGCAAGUGUGGAGAGGGAAGGACUAUUGCAAACAAAAAAAGUAAAAUGGGUGGUGCAGCUUUUCAUAUCAACAGAGCAGAGUAGAAACUCCUGUCAAGAGCAGGUCUUCAUACAUGACUUUUUGGAGUGGAUCUGACUUAACAUCUCUAAAGGAAAAUGAGAGUUGUCUACUUAGGGUUAACAAAAGCUAGCACAAUUCCCUCCUGCUGUCAGUGAAUCAAACCCUGCACUCUGCACUUGUAACUCAGGAGGAAAUAAGGGUACAAACAUGGUUUAACAGCACACGUGUCACUCCGCAUUCUCGGGCUGCUCUAAGCUUCGUGCACUUCCAGCAGCCCUUAAGGGAAUUCUUCCUGCAUCUAGGAAUUGUCUUGUUGCCAAACCAUGUUCAUUUUCCUCAGCAAUGUUUAAUGUACUCGCAAGCAGAUGGAAGAUGGUGUAGAGCUAAUAUGAUGACUCUACAGGAGCAGGGGAUUUCUGAAGUGUGGCAAGGAGCCUUCCAGUAGCUCACUAAAAAAAGUUCUUCAUGGCUUCUGUGUUUAGUAUAGAUCUGCCCUGCAUGUUCUGUGUCUGAAGUCAGUUAUUCUCUAUUGGGCUAAAAGCAGCAGUCCAAUUGGAAAGGAGGUAGAAGAAAAGUCUGUCUUCCACAAGGAGCAGUCUGUGUUAUUAUAAAAGAUUUUUUAUUUCUGCUUCUUUUUUAAAGAUUUCAGGUGCAAGCUAAGCCUGUCGGGGUCAGCACUUUAGCACUUUCCCUGUGUUCAGGGUCAAGCCAGCAGUGUUUCCUGUGUGAGCUCUGAUCUCACCUGUCAGCACAAACUACAGAUAGCCUUACCCUGCCCUUAUGCAUAGUGCUGAAAAACACUGAUGCUUUUUUCAUCAAAACUCAUUCAUUUUCUUAGUCUCGUUCUACAUGGAAAUCAUUAAAGGGUUUUCAUAAUAGGUCCCAAGGAGGUUUUAAAAGUAAUAACUUGUAAAGCAAAUAAAAGUGAUCAUCACUGACUAUUUGUGUUGAUUCUGAAGAGAAGGAAAAUCUUUAAUUGCUGGGCUGAAUUCUUUAUCACUUCCCCUUUCCCUCUUUUCCAUGCAUAUUGAUUAAUGUUAGUAAAUACACAGUUGCAUGUACUGUCCUUUCUCAGUGAAAGAAGAUUUCCUUAUACCCCUAUAUAGUUUCCAUAGAAAUAUGCAAAUACGACCUACAGUCAUCUUGCUUCUGUCUAAAUAGUGAGCCAACAGAGUGAACACAUGGAUUACUGGAUUCAUAUAUGUCCUGCUUCCAUAAAAGUUGGAUACAAUACACCUAUUGAUUUCAGAAGAAUGAGGCUCAAGUCCUUAAUGCACGUUUGAGUUGCUAUUUAGUUCUUUUCCAACAGAAUUAUAAAGCUUUCCUUGUGCAUUCCGUACUUUUAGCCUAGACAUUUUAUAACUACAAAAAACCUUCAGUCCAGCAGGAAGUUUCCUAGAACAAAUAAUAAGGCAUAAUUUGUGAAAGGACUAUAACAACUUCAUCUGUUCACAGUCAGUGUAAGUGUAUUCUCCUAGGAACUCCAGUGUACUCUCCUCUCACACUGGCAAUUCAUGGCCUUUGGAAGGAUAUAUGUGAAUGCUUCAGAAAUACAACCACCAACCUGUAAACAAAAUCCAUGGGAAUUAAACAUAUUGCACUGCUGAUGGAGACACAUUUACUUCAUUUAAUUUUCUCAUUAGUAACUUUAAGCAGACAAAAUGCAUAUUGUAAUGUUAGGUACAUGACACUUGCAUGUUGCUAUGCCUAUAUACUUACAAAGUAUUCAAUGUGUACUUAGUGGCGCUUAAAAAAUGUCAUGUACAAUUCUUCUAAACAUUCUUACAGGGUUCCCAUUUGCACUUCAUCUUUCAGAAAAGUCUUGUCAGAAAAAUGUCUGAUGAAUAUUAUUGAAAAAUAAAAUUUCAAUUUUAGUUA